GCGGGUCGAGAGAUGGAGGAGUUGGCCAGGGAGAGCAUCAGUCUGCUGGCUUCAGCCUCCGCCAAGUGUCCGCUGGACCCGGAGCCGAGGCUGGGCUCCGUGGGGGCCGUGUUCAUCAUGCUGAAAUCCGCGCUGGGCGCCGGCCUCCUCAACUUCCCCUGGGCCUUCGAGAGGGCCGGGGGGGUCCGCAGUGCCGUCACCGUGGAGCUGGUGAAUAUUUCUGCUCUUCACACUUUUUUGAUCUUUUUAGGAUUUUCUAAAAACUUUGUUCUGGGUACUCUGGCUGCUACCUACCUGACCGUCGGCAUCAUCAUAAAGUACUACACUAGACCUGCUGUUCCGGUUCACAGCACGCCCCCCCUCCUCCCCAGUGGGUUCAGCUCCUGGGCCUCGAUGUUCAGCGUCAUCCCGACCAUCUGCUUUGGGUUCCAGUGCCACGAGGCGUCCGUCGCCAUCUACAGCAGCAUGGAGAACCAGCGCCUCUCUCACUGGGUCUUCGUCUCCGUGGUGGCCAUGAUCAUCUGCCUCAUCAUUUACUCCCUCACAGGAGUUUACGGGUACCUGACGUUUGGGAGGCAGGUGGAAGCCGAUAUUUUAAUGUCCUACGCCAGCCAUGACGUCCUGAUGCUCGUGGCCAGGCUGCUGUUUGGGGUCUCUAUUAUCACCAUCUAUCCCAUCAUCGUGCUGCUGGGCAGGUCUGUGAUCCAGGACCCUCUGCUGAGCCGGUGGCAGAAACGCAGCAGGGCGGCAAAGGCGCGGUUGGAAAGCCGCAGCCGCUUCACGCUGACAGCAGCGUGGAUCACGGUGACGCUGCUCAUCGCCGUCUUCAUUCCGGACAUCAGUAAGGUCAUCGGCGUUAUUGGAGGGAUCAGCGCCUUUUUCAUCUUCAUCUUCCCUGGACUCUGUCUGGUGUUCGCCAUGCGGUCCGAACCGGUGUCCUGCAAAACCAGAGUCUUCCUCACAGUUUGGGGCAUGGUGACUCUGAUCUGUGGAGCCUUCAUCUUUGGUCAGAGCACCACCGUCGCCAUCAUGCAGCUCCUUGGACACAUCUGACGCCCCUCUGUCACGUUUAUGUCGUGAA